UUUCCUCUCAUGGUCGCCAAUACCUCUCUGGUUUGGCCAACCCCUAAACGCUCUCUCUCUCUUGCUCUUCCUUUCCCUCUCCCUCUCUCUUCGGUUGAUGGGCAGGGACUGAAUCUCCCUCUCUCUCUCUCCACCUCUCUCGUCUGUUGAUGGGCAAGGACUGAACAGAAGAGCGUGAACAGCGGAAUAGACCUAGUAUCGCUUCCCCUUUAUUUGGUCCAUUUCUAUACCCUGUUGCCCUAUCCUUAAUGGAGCUCAUCACCGAAGGAAUCUCUCUUCUCACCGUAGACGAGGUAUCAGAAGGAACAUUAGCCACUGUGAGCCAUGCUUCGUCCAAAGUCUACUGUGGAACUUGUGCAAUUUGUUUGGAAGAGAUAUUGCUCGAAGAAAUGGCUCACGUAAAAGGUUGUGAGCAUGCUUAUUGUGUGACUUGCAUUUUGAGGUGGGCAUCAUAUAACGCAGUACCCUGUUGUCCACAGUGCAAGAUGCCUUUCUCUUCUCUAGGUGUCCACAGGUCCCUUGAUGGCUGUGUCCAUGACUAUCUCGUCGAGGAAAGUGUUUGUCUGUUGCUACGUGCACAUUGGUUUAUGCCCUUGGCCAUUGAAUCACCACAUGAGGUUGUUGAACAAGAGGAUGUCGGGCCAUAUGAAUAUGAUGAUGAUGAAGAUGAUGAUCAUGAUGAUUACGAGGAAGCUUAUUUUGGUCGUUCAUCUAAUUUACGAAUUGGAAACAGAAGAUGGGGGGAUAGCGGUUAUGUUAGAGGCGGACGAAAAGAAGCAAGGCCUAUUCAAGAUGUUGGGGCUGGUUCAUCUCGUGGGCCUCGUAAGAAAGAAGGACCAAAGGGUAAGGCUGGUAGACGGGCUAGGAGAGCCUAAACAAAUGGCAAGUUCAGCCUGAACAAAGACAGGGAACAGUUGAUCUUUCCGCAACUUGCAGAUUUAUGAACUUACUUCAUUACUCGAUAACACCAUUGUACAUAUAGUUACUGCAUUUUCGUUUCUGUUACUUCUUCUUCAUGGAGUUCAUUAAGAGCCCAUUUUCCUUCAGCUUUGUGCUUAUUGUUGGUAGCUUAGAACUAGGAAGUAGAGCAGUUGUAACUUGUCUAUGGCAGAAUGGUCGUUGGAGUUUCAUGCAUGUGGACCUGCUCACUGCAAGUUGCUUAUGAACUUUUACGGUCAGGAUGCUGAAUAAUGCAAAUGCUUUCUUGUA